CCUGCCUGCUUCCGGUGCCCUGCUACUUAAGAGCUCGGGGGUAGGCUCUAUCAGCCUGCGACCGAGUCGGGCAGGCUGUGUGACACUCGCUGUGCCAUCCUGUACCUGGAACCGUUUGAGCUAUGCCUUUGGCCACGUCUCUGCCCCGCCGUGUAUUUGUGGUGGGGGUCGGCAUGACCAAGUUCAUGAAGCCUGGGGAUGCGAAUUCGAAAGACUACCCAGACUUGGCAAAGGAAGCAGGCCAGAAGGCUUUAGCGGAUGCCCAGAUCCCUUACUCAGCAGUGGAACAGGCAUGUGUUGGCUACGUUUAUGGUGACUCCACCUGUGGGCAGAGGUCUAUAUAUCACAGUUUGGGACUGACUGGAAUUCCUAUAAUCAAUGUCAACAAUAACUGUUCUACUGGCUCAACUGCUUUGUUUAUGGCCCGGCAACUGAUUCAGGGUGGUCUGGCAGAUUGUGUCUUGGCUCUUGGGUUUGAGAAGAUGGAAAAGGGAUCCCUUACAUUAAGUUUUAAAAAUAGGACCAAUCCAAUAGAUAAGCAUGUUGAAGUCAUGAUUAACAAGUAUGGAUUAUCUCCCCACCCAUUUGCUGCUCAGAUGUUUGGGCGUGCUGGAAUAGAGCACAUGGAAAAAUAUGGAACAAAACCUGAACACUUUGCGAAAAUUGGAUGGAAAAAUCAUAAACAUUCAGUUAAUAACCCGUAUUCCCAGUUCCAAAAGGAGUACAGCUUGGAUGAAGUGAUGUCAUCUCGAAAUGUUUUUGAAUUUUUGACUAUCUUACAAUGCUGUCCUACUUCAGAUGGUGCUGCAGCGGCAGUUUUGGCUAGUGAAGUGUUUGUUGAGAAGAAUGGCCUGAAAUCCAAAGCUGUGGAAAUUGUGGCUCAAGAGAUGAUGACUGACUUGCCAAGCUCAUUUGAAGAAAACAACAUGAUUAAAGUGGUUGGCUUUGAUAUGAGUAAAGAAGCUGCCAGAAAGUGCUAUGAGAAGUCUGGCCUGAAACCAAGUGAUAUUCAUGUAAUAGAACUUCAUGAUUGCUUUUCUUCCAAUGAACUUUUUACUUAUGAAGCACUGGGACUCUGUCCAGAAGGUCAAGGUGGAAAACUGGUUGAUGAUGGAGAUAAUACUUAUGGAGGAAAGUGGGUCAUAAAUCCCAGUGGUGGACUGAUCUCAAAGGGACACCCACUUGGAGCUACAGGUCUGGCUCAGUGCGCCGAACUCUGCUGGCAGCUGAGAGGGGAAGCCGGGAAGAGGCAAGUUCCUGGUGCAAAGGUUGCUCUGCAGCAUAAUUUGGGCCUUGGAGGAGCUGCGGUUGUCACGCUGUACAGGAUGGGUUUUCCUGAAGCUGCCAGAUCUCCCCAAGUUGAGGCUGUUCCAACCAGCUCUACACUUGACGGAUUUAAGGCAAAUCUUGUCUUUAAGGAGAUUGAGAAGAGGCUUGAAGAGGAAGGGGAGCAGUUUGUGAAGAAGAUUGGUGGUGUUUUCGCCUUCAAGGUGAAGGAUGGCCCCGAGGGCAGAGAAGCCACCUGGGUGGUGGACGUGAAGAAUGGCAAAGGAGCCGUGCUCCCUAACUCAGAUAAGAAAGCCGACUGCACAAUCACGAUGUCCGACUCAGACUUAGUGGCUUUGAUGACUGGUAAAAUGAAUCCUCAGUUGGCCUUCUUUCAAGGCAAAUUGAAAGUCCUUGGCAACAUGGGUCUGGCUAUGAAGUUACAGAAUCUUCAGCUUCAGCCCAGCAAAGCUAAGCUGUGAAGAACUCCCUUUGCCUACCUUUGAAAAUCACGAUGAGAUAUACAAAUAUAUAGAUGCGUAUAUUUCACUGUCAGAACCUAGACUGAAAAUUCACAUUGGCAAAUAGCAUGAGAUUAGUUUUUAAAUGGGUGUGACCAAUCCUGUUUUUCCUACGGGCUGGGUAAAUAGAACCUGAUGGUAUACUACUGCUUUGCAAAAUUGCCUACAAAUGUGCAUUACAAAGUUAAUGUGGUAAUUAUGGUUUAGGGUACAAUUGAGUUUUAGAAUAAAAUUAGGAACAGCAAAAUCCAAAAACUAUGUAAACAACAGUUCUCAUUUUGCUUAUAAAGUAUGUUUGAGGAUUAUUCUGCUGAAGAGUCAAUUUAAGUUUUCCUUGGGAGGCCGAGGGAAGAGAACGAACACCAGUAGUUGAACAGUAAUUAAUAUUGUGCACUAAUGACCUUCAUCUAUUUUCAUUGAUAAUUUUUAAAAUUCUGUAAUGGAAUGUUUAAAAAAAAAAACACUUUAAAAAUUUGCAUUUCAUGCCAUCUAAACAAUAUUUUCUUCCCAAGUUGAGGACAUAGGAUCAGAGCUAGGGAGAUAAAAAAAUCUGUAGCUGCACACAGGCCUAUUUUUAAAAUAAACAUUUUUUAAAAUGGGUUUCCUUCUUGAAAAAAAAAAUCAAUGUAUUGGAAUCAUAAAACACUGUUGUGAAAAAUAAUUGAACAAAUAAAAUUUGCUUUGAGAUGCACAGUUUUCAGAUGAUAAUCUCACAUUAAUUAAAUUUGUAAAGCUCUCCUACCUUUGUUAUAAUUUUCCUUUUUAACUAUCCACGUUUAUCUUCCUAGUUUUUCUAAUGCUAAUGCUAUUUCUAAUAAUUCAGUAAGAAUGGGGUAAAAUAAUGUUUGGGGAUGAAUAUUUAAUAGAAAAUUAAAAUAACUUUUCCUCA